CCGACCGGGCGCCGACUGCGGCAGCCAGCCCGCGGCUGCCCCCAGUCCGCCCCUCGUCAAGAUCGGGCCGGUGCACGCAGCUCAACAGCAGCAGCAGCAGUCAGCACCGACGACGACCCGAGUACAGCACCAGCCGCAGGAGCAGGCCACGCAACUGACGGCUGGGCCAGGGGCCGGCGGCGCGGGAGCGACCUCGAGGACUGGCGGAAUGUUCUGCUACCACUGCCCCUCGGGUCUGCCGGCCCCGAGGCUCCCACCGACGCUCGAGUAUCCCUUCGCCCCUACUCAUCCGUAUGCGAGCUACUCGGCCUAUCAUCCAGCGCUUCACGGCGUCGGAGAGGAUUCCUUCGUUCGAAGAAAGCAGCGAAGAAACAGGACGACUUUUACUCUGCAGCAGUUGGAGGAGCUCGAGUCGGCCUUCGCUCAGACUCACUAUCCGGACGUCUUCACGAGAGAAGACUUGGCGAUGAAAAUCAACUUGACCGAGGCGCGAGUACAAGUAUGGUUUCAGAAUCGCCGAGCAAAGUGGCGCAAAAGCGAGCGACUGAAAGAGGAGCAACGCAAGCGCGAGGGGGUCUCCGAUCCAGGUGAUCCGAGCUCGAACUCGACCCAGCCGCAGCACGAGUCGCCGAGUCAGCCGACCAACUUGGCAGCCGAGGACUCGUCGAUGCCGGGAGCUCGAGAGACGCCCAGCGCCGAGGCCGGCUCGCGAAGUCCGAGCUCGACGUCGGCCUCGGUCAGUCCGCGUCCUGGCCACGGGAGUCUCGCAUCUCCACCCCCGGCGCUGCUCUCCAACUCUCGACUGACACCCCAGUCGUCUUCGUCGUCGACGCAGCAGCAGCAGCAGCAGCAGCACAGUAGCAGUAGCAGCAGCACGCCGAGUGGCGCUGGUGGCGGUGGCGGCGGCGGCUUCCGUCCAGUAGAGACAGGCACGACGUCGCUGUUCUUCUCGCCACACUUGGCGGCCCAGUUCUCGUCGCCGCUGUUCGGCUCGAAGCUGCAGGUGGCCUCUAGCAUGGCCUCUAGCAUGGCGGCGAGCACCGGCUCCCUGUGGAGCAGCGCCGUGGAGUCGCGGAUGGCCGCCAGCAGCAGCCUCCAGGAGAUGCUGUCCUGGUCACCGGCGGCCGCGGCGGCUGCCAACUGGGCCGGCUGCGCGAGCUCCCUCUGCGGCUGCUGCAACAAGGGACCCAGCGCGGGCUCGAGCAUCGCCAGCGAGCUCCAGCGGAGCAGCAGCCUGGCCGAGCUGCGCAGGAAGGCCCAGGAGCACUCGGCCUCGGCGCUGCUGGGUGGCCUGGCCUCGGCGGCCUUCCACUUUCCGCCGCUGCCGCUGCCUCUGCUGCCGCCGUUGCUGUCGCUGUCGCGCCGUCCGGAGGCCCACCAUCACCAUCUGCACUCGGGGGUGCUGCAGCAGCUCCAGCCGAGCUCCAAGGACGAUCCCUAGGCCAGUGUCGAUUGCCGAUCCCGGACCAAGACUCCGGGACGAUCAAGCGCGUGCCUAUUAUCUGCCUCGUAAGCCCGAAUCCUACGCGUUAAAAGUAGUCUCGACAAUACAACGAUGUUGCAGUCGGCCUUGCCGCGGCACCGAGCGCCGACCGAGUCGAAAACAUCUUGUAAAUUAUUGUGCGCUCGCGCGGGUCUGCUCGGUCGGACGCGUGUGCCGGCCAACACGACCGUAAAUCUUACUGUAUAUUAUUGCGUAUUAUUUGUAGAUGAAAAAUGUAUAUGUAUCAUAUUAUAUAAUAACGAAAAUCGAUUACGUAGCCAUUAAGAGUUGAUAAAGCAGAGCUCGAUGUCCGCCUCAGUUCUUGCUCAUUAUUCAAGUGGGCCUUCCGUCGUCGCUUGAGACAUUUUCAUGGACGAUCGACAGAUCGCGUAAUUUACAUGAAUUAUAAAUACUAGAUCUAUAUAUUAUAAAUAUAUAUAUAUAUAUUAUAAUUACAAAAAUAUAUGAUAACGACGUAUAUAAUACGACAUGCACAUAGUAGCGUAUAGCUCAUCGACCAUGAAAGUUGCAGCUGCGCAAAGUCUAGAUAGCAGCAGAUAUGCAAGGUCAACUCGAGCCAGGCAAAUCUAGCAAAGACUGUAGAGUUCAUUGUCUGUAGUAA